AGUCAGGAACACAUCAUAUCUGCAUAUGUUUAGGUUACACCAUGUGGAAAGCUUACGCGCAUAUAUCUUUCAUAAAUUCACUCCUCUAAAUUUCGUUUUGAAUGAUUAUGCAACGAUUUAUUUUGCAACUGACGUGUGGCGCCUAAACGUCACUGAACGGGUGUACCGGAAGGCAGCAGAACCGCUUCGAUUAAUCGAUCCAGUAGAUGCGGCUCAGAGACAACAUCAGCGCAGCAAAGACUGAAAACUAAAGCUACCUCCUCUUUGUUGAAUCAUUCCCCACGCAUCUCAAGAAAAAUGAUCCCAGAGUUGUCCAACCCCUCGGUGUGUAUGAGGGACCCUCAGAGGGUGCAGGAGAUUCUACAGUCCAUGAUGAAAGCUGGCUCCAAUACUGUGCAGGUGAUCUCAGAUUUCGACAUGACCCUAACCAGGUUUAUGUACAAUGGCAAAAGGUGCCCUACGUGCCACAAUAUUCUUGACAACAGCAGACUUAUCUCUGACGAUGGCAAAGUGGAGCUCAAGGAGCUGCUUGACACUUACUACCCCAUAGAAAUCGAUACUUCACGGCCAGUCGAGGAGAAGUUGCCCCUUAUGGUGGAGUGGUGGACUAAAGCCCAUGAACUGCUGGUACAGCAAGCGAUUAGGAAAGACAUGCUGACCACAGCAGUACGAGAGUCUGAAGCCAAGCUGAGAGAGGGCUUCCAGCUCUUCUUUGACCACCUGCAUGAGCACAGCAUCCCUCUGCUCAUCUUUUCUGCUGGAAUAGGGGACAUUCUGGAGGAGGUGAUUCAGCAGGCCGGAGUAUUUCACCCCAAUGUCAAAGUCUUCUCCAACUACAUGGACUUUGAUGAGAGCGGAGUAUUGCGUGCCUUCAAGGGAGAGCUGAUCCACGUUUAUAACAAAAGAGAAGGUGCGAUCCUCAACACUGGCCAUUUCCAGGAGUUGCGCACACGGCCUAAUGUCUUACUGAUGGGGGACUCUCUGGGGGAUUUGAACAUGGCGGACGGCGUGCAUGACAUGGAGAACAUCCUCAAGAUUGGGUUCCUCAACGACAAGGUUGAGGAGAGGAAGCAGUCAUACCUGGACUUAUAUGACAUUGUGCUGAUAAAAGAUGAAACCCUGGAAGUCCCUAACGCUGUACUGCUCUACCUCACUGGCAACAAGUGAGCUGAGAACUGAGUGUUUGUGCUACACUGGCCGUUGGGCACCUGGUGCCACAUGAAGGUUAUUUUUCCCCCCAUAUGAUUGGAGUGUUUUUAAGAUUUACAUACUUUUUCUGAAUGAGGAUUUUAUAUUCACUGCUGCAGCUCACAAAGAACACACCACACAUUUAUAUUCUUGUCCAUUUCAUUUUUUUUUAUUGUUGCACUUCUUUGGACCAUACUGUAUGUAAACUUGAGGAAGCCACAUUUGCACUGACUUCCUUCUGUGCAUCAUGUUGGCUGUAUGUAUGUGUAGUGGUGUAGUGAUUUUUUGAUUUGUUUGAGGGAUUGGUUUUGUCGGACAGUUCUGAUUUUCACAAGUCAUGUAAUGAUAAAGGGAAGUAAAUGACAAAAUUGGAAUAUUA